AUGCCUCCCAGAAAAAAGCGCAGACAGCGGUCUCAGAAAGCUCCGCUGCUGUUCCACCAACAACCACUGGAUGGCGCCAAACACCACUAUGCAUCGCAACAGCUUCCCAUCAGCCACACUAGACCUGUGCCUAGCAAGCCCAUUGAUCACCAAACCAUCACUUCCUGGGUAUUGCCUGAGUUUGAUACAACAGCAGAAAGCUGUUUGCCAGUUUUCCGGAAACAACAUCACCGAGACCAGGCAAGACAGUCAAGUCGAAAAUCUACUGCCUCCAAGUUUCCACAUCUGACCUUUGAGAGUCCACAGUCUUCUUCCAGUUCAACGGCAUUGGGGCUCCCUUUAAUCAGGGAUUGUCCCAAUCAGUCAGAAAAGGACAUUUCCAGAAGACCCUUAGUGCCAAUGCUCAGUCCCCAAAGCUGUGGGGAACUGUCAGUACCUACACUUCAAAGCCCAGCUUAUGUGUUCAUUCCACCUGAUAUCCAAACCCCAGAGUCAUCUGUGAGGGAAGAACCCAUUCCUCCAGAUCAGAAGGAACAGAGCCUGCCAAGCUGUGCCCAUCAUACUAGUACUCCUAGGAGCUUAGAGCCUGGGCCUAUUCUGGUUAAAGACACUCCUGAGGACAAGUAUGGGAUAAAGGUUACCUGGAGGAGACGGCAGCACCUAUUGGCUUGCCUCAGGGAGAGAGGGAAACUGAGCAAAAGCCAGUUCAUUGUGAAAAACUGA